AUGUCGUUCAGUGAAAUGAACCGCAGGACGCUGGCGUUCCGAGGAGGCGGGUUGGUCACUGCUGGCGGCGGCGGCGGCGGCGGCGGCGUCGCCUCCUCCACGAACAAUAACGCCGGCGGGGAGGCCUCGGUUUGGCCUCCGCAGCCGCCACCGAGACUGCCCGCGCCGCUGCAGCCCAAUGGGCGCGGGGCCGACGAGGAAAUGGACACGGAGGGCCUGGAGCCCCAAGACGCGGAGGCCGCCGCCGCCGAGGAAGCCAAGGAGUUGCUGCUCCCCCAGGACGCGGGCGGCCCCGCCUCGCUGGGCGGCGGAGGCGCGGGGGGCCCCCUGCUAGCGGAAAGGAACCGUCGGACUCUGGCCUUCCGCGGAGGUGGCGGCGGCGGGGGUCUCGGCAACAAUGGCAGCAGCCGCGGCCGCCCCGAGACCUCGGCGUGGCCCCUGAGGCAUUUCAAUGGGCGAGGGCCGGCGGCGGCCGAGCUGGAGCUGGACGCGCUGGAGGGGAAGGAGCUGAUGCAGGACGGCGCGUCCCUGAGCGACAGCAGCGAGGACGAGGAGGAGGGGGCGAGCCUGGGCGACGGCAGCGGGGCGGAAGGCGGCAGCUGCGGCAGCAGGCGGUCGGGCGGCGAUGGCGGGGACGAAGCGGAGGGCAGCGGUGUGGGAGCUGGCGAAGGAGAGCCCGUCCAGCAGCACUUCCCGCUUGCGCGGCCCAAGUCCCUCAUGCAGAAGCUCCAGAGCUCCUUUCAGACGUCCUGGCUCAAGGAUUUUCCUUGGCUGCGCUAUUCCAAGGAUACUGGCAUCAUGUUUUGCGGCUGGUGCCAAAAGACCUCCGAGGAUGGGGGCAACGGGGACCUUCCCCAGGUGGGGCACGACGAGCUUUCGCGAGGGACGCGCAACUACAAGAAAACCCUGCUCCAGAGGCACCACGUCUCCACCGAGCACAAACUCCACGAAGCCAACGCCCAGGAGUCAGAGAUACCAUCAGAGGAGGGGUACUGUGACUUUAAUAGUAGGCCAAAUGAGAACUCUUAUUGCUAUCAACUUCUUCGACAACUAAAUGAACAGAGAAAGAAAGAUAUUCUUUGUGAUGUCAGCAUUGUGGUGAGCGGGAAAAUCUUUAAAGCUCAUAAGAAUAUCCUGGUUGCAGGCAGCCGUUUCUUUAAGACUUUAUAUUGUGUUUCAAACAAAGAAAGCCCUAACCAAAACAAUACUACCCAUUUAGAUAUUGCUGCAGUUCAAGGUUUUUCAGUCAUCUUGGACUUCUUGUAUUCUGGUAACCUGGUGCUCACAAGCCAAAAUGCCAUUGAAGUGAUGACAGUGGCCAGCUACCUUCAAAUGAGUGAAGUUGUUCAAACUUGCCGACAUUUCAUUAAAGAUGCCUUAAACAUAAGCAUUAAAUCAGAAGCUCCAGAGUCUGUAGUUGUGGACUAUAACAAUAGAAAACCACUUCAUAGAGAUGGUCUGUCUUCAUCACGGGAUCAAAAAAUUGCCAGCUUUUGGGCAACACGGAAUCUUACCAAUUUGGCAAGUAAUAUAAAAAUUGAAAAUGAUGGUUGUAAUGUCGACGAGGGCCAAAUAGAAAACUACCAAAUGAAUGACAGUAGCUGGGUCCAGGAUGGUUCUCCUGAGUUGGCUGAAAGUGAAUCUCAAGGUCAAACAAAAGUUUUUAUUUGGAAUAAUAUGGGCUCCCAGGGAAUUCAAGAGACUGGCAAAGCAAGGAGGAAAAACCAAACCACAAAGAGAUUUAUUUAUAAUAUACCACCUAAUAAUGAAACCAUUUUAGAAGAUUGCUCAGUGAUGCAGCCACCUGUUGCCUAUCCAGAAGAAAGUAAGGCCCUAAUCAUCAAGGAAGAACCAGAUUUGGAUGGUGCUCUCCUCCAAGGGCCGGAUGGUGAUGGGACUGGGAGUGCAAGUUUAUUGGCUGAAGCCUGCUCUGCUCAAGAUGGGGGUGACGCUGCUGGGGCUUCACAUGAUUUCAAGUAUGGUUUGAUACCGGGUCCUUCAAGUGAUUUCAAGUAUGGAUUGAUACCAAGUACUUCAAAUGACUUCAAGUAUGGAUUGAUACCAGGUGCUUCAAAUGAUUUCAAGUAUGGAUUAUUGCCAGAAUCAUGGCCAAAACAAGAAACAUGGGAGAAUGGUGAGUCAUCUCUAAUCAUGAACAAGUUAAAAUGCCCUCAUUGUAGCUAUGUAGCCAAAUACAGACGAACACUAAAAAGACACUUGCUUAUUCAUACGGGAGUAAGAUCAUUUAGCUGUGAUAUUUGUGGAAAGUUGUUUACCCGAAGAGAACAUGUAAAAAGACAUUCCCUGGUGCAUAAAAAGGAUAAAAAAUACAAAUGUAUGGUGUGUAAGAAGAUCUUCAUGUUAGCAGCCAGUGUUGGAAUAAGACACGGAUCUCGGCGCUAUGGGGUUUGUGUAGACUGUGCAGAUAAGUCACAGCCAGGAGGACAAGAAGGUGCCGAUCAGGGACAGGACACGGAAUUCCCCCGGGAUGAAGAAUAUGAGGAAAAUGAAGUGGGUGAGCCUGAUGAAGAGUUGGGUGAUGAUGGAGAAGAUCAACCAGGAGAUGUUUGUAUGUCCCUGGAUGAUUAACUGACCUACUGGACUCCUAGGAUGCUGCAUUUGGACAUACUAUGAAUCGACAAUUUGGAUUGUUGAACUUGAAGGCUUGCAAAAUAUGGUACAUGCUGGAUGGUAGUUACGUUGCUGUGAAAACUGUAGGGUUAAAGCCUUAUAGCAAAAAAAAAAUAAAUUUUUUUUUUAUAUUUGCACAGGACUGUACAGCAAACCACCAUGUGGUUGGAUUACAUGUAGUCCCCACAUUCAGUUAUCAGAGUAAAAUAUUUUUUAUUUAUAGGAUAUACAGUUAACUAUUUGGGUUCUAUGAAAAUAUACUUGUCCUUUAUAGAGCUGACAUUCAUGUGCCACUUUCACAUGAAUGAAGAAAAUCCAUCUAUGGAAAUACAGUGACAGUUGACCCAAUCACUCUGUCCAUCAAACCACUCAGGCUAGUUUGUACUAGUAGAGUUUUGUUUCUAUUUUUAUUUUUAUUAAUUUUAUUUUUUUUAAUACAGAUUUUCAGUGAGGGGCUUUUUUAACCCCAUUGGUUCUAUUUUCUUGUAUUUUUUUCAUUUGCUUCAUAACUUAAACCAAGUCUCUUCUAGUCUUAGAUUAUUAUUUCUCAAUUUUGUGCUUCUAAGCAUGUUUAUAAGAACUGGAGAGGUAAUUUAUUGGAGUGAACUGACUUCCCCUGUCCUCCCUUUCCUUUUUUGACAUGAAUUUUACUUCACAAAUGAUGAAUGAUGUUGCAAAGUUGACAAAUACCACUAAACUGAUUAUGAUUUAGAAGUAACUUAUCUCCUGCUGCUUUAAUCUGAUAAAUGGUUAUAUAUGAUGUUUUUCUGACCUGGUUUUUGGUUUUUUGGGUAUCUGUUACUUUGGCACUAUUGUUUGCCUAUUAUUUUUGCCAGUGUACUAUACCUCAGCCUUAUUUGAAAAGGAAAUCUGAUUGAAGAAAAGUCAUAGAAACAUAAGUAAAAUUAAUUUGUUUUCUAAUUUAUCCUCCAUGUCCAGUUUGGUUAGCUUAUUAUGCAAUAUAAGUGAAAUAUCAGGUUUUUACUCCUGUGCCCUUUGUACCAUUAAAAUUGACACAAAAUGUACAUUCUCCUCUGUUUCAUAUUUAUGGGGCUAUUGUAUGAUUAAAUUAUGGUUGGUAAUUUAUUUUUCCAUUCCUUAAGGUCCCUACAACUUGAUACAUUCUUUCUAUUCACCAUGACUCAACAAUUUGCAUAAUCUUACAAAUAAAGUGUUGAGAGGCUUUAUUAUUAGCUAAGUUCUUCAGGGUGCAAAGGGUGAUAUUCUGUUGAAAUUGUUAAGAUUUUAUUUAGCGUGGAGACAGACGAAUGAGCCGAUUGUGGAACUCUUGGCAACCUUUUUACAUGUCAAUAUGGAUGGCAUUUAUCUAUCAGGAGCAUAUUGUAUAUUAUAUACGAUUGAAAGACAUCAUAUUUUCAGCUUUCUUUUAAAUAAAUACUGAAUAUAUUUUCCUAUUUUAUAUCAGGUAACUAAAUUAUGCUAGUUGUGUGGAAGAAAUUACAGAAACUUUGACAGAUAUAAUCGUUUUGGUGCUCCAUCUGAUCAAAGUUGAAAAGUUGAUUUUUUUUAAAUAGGAGAUAUGCUUUAUCAUUGUCUCUGAUCUCAGUAGAAUAAUGGUUUAAUGUGCAACAAUGAUGUUUCUGCUUUGAUAAAGAUGAAAUAUUACGGUUACAUGAUUAGAUGCAUCUAUUGUCAUCUAAACUUGUGGUAGUUUCUACUUAACUAUCAGCCUGGCAGAUGAAUAGUUUUGGUUUAAUUUUUGUUUAAAACUGAAGAGUGCAUCUUAUUCUCAGUGUUUGAAACAAAUGAGGAAACGUAAUUCUAUUGAAGUCCAAAGUAGAAAUAUUUGGGCAAAAAUACUAUGAAAGAAAAGUAUUUUAAAAGUAAAAUGUUCUGCUUUGUCAAUAUGUAAGUAUAGUAUAAAGAUUUCUUUUGUCCCAUUUAUCCCCUUCCUUUAACCAUAGUUUACAAUUGGUAGAUCUGUCUAUAUAUAAAUAUAUAUUAAAGAGCAAAUAUAUAUAUAUAUAUAUAUAUAUAUAUCUAAAAAUCACUUAAAUUUGCUUUAUUAGACAAUAGUUCACUUAUUGCAUAGAAACUGGACUUGGCUUUACAUUCUAAUGUACUUUUACUUUUCUUCAAGAUAUGAAGUUAUCGUAAAACAGAAUUUUCAUUUAUUACUUUUAAAUCAUUUAUGUAUAUCUGUUAAGUUAUGACCAAAAUUUUUUGUUAGAUUCGUAUAGUAAAUUGAAAUACACAUUUGGUACACUACAGGAUUUUUGUGCUUUUGUUUUUGCUUUACUUGGAAGCAAGUUUGCUGUAGAUGGCUUAUUUCUGUUAAUUUAAAAUAUCCUAUAAUUGUCCAUCGCCUUUCAUGUUGUGACAGAUUUGGCUAUAUUUUUAGUCAUCUGAAAUAUACUUUAAAGAGUUUGUUUUUAGGCAAUCCAAAGGAAAAAUGUUUAUACUCUUGAAUAUAUAUUAGCCUCAGCCUAUAUAAAAAUUUCUUUGAAGUAAACGUUUUACCAGAUACAGAAUUGACAGAUUUUUUUCUACUUGCUGACUGCCUAAUUUAUUUUGUUUCAUGGUCUUGAGGGACUGCCUUUUUCCCUCUAGAUCUUUAAUUUUAGUGCUAAGGUAUACUACUGGACAUUUCUAUUUUUUAAAGUAUAUUCCUUUUUCUGAACUCCAGGAAGUUGGAUAGAUGUCUAAGAAUUUCUGAUUGGCCUCAGUAACGUCAUGGAAUGAAUACUCAUAAUUUUGUCUAUAUGUCUGGCAGGAUUAUGUGUUGUAUAUUUGGUGAAGCUUUCUUUUGUAAUUUAUAUUAAAUGAAAAAUAUUUUAGAAUUUUUUAUUUUAAUGAUGGGAAAAACAAAGUUUCAUAUAUGAAUGGUGGUAACUAUCCCUCUCAUCAAUCAAGAUGUCAUGCGUUGCGUCUUUGGGUUCUUUAAGACAGUUACUUCAUUAUGGUUCCUCUUCUAUCGUGGCUCUUGGGCCUCAUUGCUUUCUUAUUUACUAGUAAUUUUCUAAAUUUUAGCACCCUGUCAGUUGAAAGUUUAGGAGGGGAAACAUUGGAAAAGGAAACUGGACAUGAACCAGUGGCUUUGAAAAUUUGAGCAAAAACAAGUUGAAUUAAGUCUAAGCCAUCCUUCUGGAGACAAGUGAAUGGGAUUAAUUUCGUUGCAGUUUGUAGAACACUGGUAUAUACUAGGUACAUAGUACAUGUUAAUUGUUUAACAAUAGAUGCGCCAAAUGGGAAAGAAGAAAUGAAAAAAUGGCAUAAGAAAACAGGAAAUCAAAGGAUUACAACUUGAAAGUGGCUAAAGCUGACUGAAGUGUUUUAAGGGGAAAGUGAUGAAAAAAUUGAACAAAUUCAUUUUUACAAUUCCACAAGCUCCCACUUUUGCCUGCCCACACUACCCAUUAUGUUGUGUGCACUCUUACUUGCAGUCCCAUAAGGUAGGUGCUAUUCUUUCCAUUUUAUAGAUAAGGAAAUGCUCAGAGAAAUUCAGAAACUUGCCUACUCACCACACCUUUGCUACAGCAGGGUUUGAUCAGGCCUGAUUCUGAAGCCCCGCUCUUUCUAGGAGGCUUUCUUGGUGCCUCUUAAAUAACAUUUUUUGUAAAUUUAUAUUUUCCCUGUAAAACAGCUGUAUUAGGAAUUUUGUGAGCAUACUUUUCUCCCCUCCCUUAGUGGAUACCCUUUCUAUUUUCGUCUAACAAAGUGGUUGUUUUUGUCACUUUGACUUAAAUAAGACACACCUCAGUGUAGCAGUUGCUGUUAGUGGGCUGUGGUAUUUUCACUCUUCAAAAGAAUGUUUUUUUAAUCUGAAGAACUAGACACAAGCCCCUGUUUUUGUGCCCUUCAGUCACCCGGAUCCUUAAACUUAAUGAUGGUACCUAACCUACAUACGUAGAACUAACAGGUGUUUACUUAGUCACUUUAGGAAUUAAAGUUGUUUUUUGGUUUUGUUUUGUUUUCCUUCCUGCUGUCUCCCUGCUUUCAAGUGAAGCUGAACAGUGCAAGGAUGUUUAAAAUGUAUUAGGGAUAAGCACACUUUAAAAGAUGUUUUCUAGCCCUGAAUUUUAUGAUAUUGGGUACUUAAAAUUUGGAGUGCACUAGCUAUUGAGAUGGUUGAGGCCAUUAUGAAAUGGGAGAAUCAGCAUUUUAAACACUGUAAACAUAAAAAUACACUUUCUUCUGCCUGCUGUUUGUAAAAGCUCUCUGGGAAGAUCUUUUACGGAGACCAAUUUUUUUAAUGUAAUUUACCUACCUAAUAUAAGUGUCCUAAGACAUGUAUGUAAACCUCCAAAACUGUUUUGUCUGUGUAUUUAGAAAAUACACAAGAAUCUUUAUCAAACCUAAAAAUAUAAACUUGUGAGCACUAAAACUG